AUGGAUCACCAAGAGAACCAAGGAAAUACUGACGACGAACCGCAGUAUCAGGAUGUGCUCAGAGGUUUCUCCGGCUCUGUCAGCCAUUCGAUAUCCCUAGCUUUGACAGCCCUGGGAACUUCCACUCCACAGAAUCGGCUGCAAGCUUUGCUGGACCUUCAGCGGUUGUCAAAUCAAGUAAUAGAAGACAGAAUUUCUGCUACGAGGGUGGAACUACGAGAUAUCUGCAUUGCUCAAUCCCCUCUACUCUCGCUCAGCAAUGAACUACUCAUGAAAAUUGCGCGCUUUCUAGAUGAAGUUUCUCUGCUCUCCCUGGAAGACUGUACAAACCCCAUCUACAGUAUUCCAACUAGAGGAGUUCAAUUCGCAAAGGCUUCUUGGACGGCACAACGCUAUGAAAAGCAACUGUUACUAUUGCAGCAGAAUAUACAAAGUCAACCAAGAAGACAUCGCCGUCGACCCAGAGUACAUACCUUGACCUGUCCAAACCAUCAGUCCUGCUACACACGACAAAACUAUGUCGAGGAUUUUGAAGACUUCUUCAACAACCCAACCACUGCUGGAGUUCCUCCUGUAGAGUUCUUUUUGCGAAUCACCUACAGGGUCCCCAGCAAUAAUGAUACAACCGUCUUGUUGGAAGGGUUCCAAUCCAACUUUGAGUCGCUGAGACAAGUCAGUGACGCGCAAGAUCAAGGCUUUCAAACCUACAUAGGCUUCAUCCAUGAUCGGGCCAGGACUGUCAUGGUCAGGAACGACUUGAAUAGCCUUCAAGAGUAUAUGGGGUUUGAUGAUAGAUAUCUGCAAAUGGACAGUGAUGACUCGGAACUGGAGAGUGACGAAGAGGCUGAGUUUCAUUUCCUACAGUGGCCAGAAACAGCCAGAAGGGAGUUCCUUGGUAGGGUGACUUUGACUCUGCUCCGGUGUAGUAUGGCAGAGGACCACUCCUUGGAGCAGCCAAAGGUCGUAGGCUCCACCACGGGCUAUCAAUCGUCGGAUCAACAUUUUGCCAUGUUUCGACCCUUGGCAUGGAAGAUUGCACACAACAACAACGACGAUAAUGCUAGUGAUGAUACCGAAAGACAAGGCAAUACAUCCGCCAACGAAGAAGAAGAUCACGAAGAAGAGAACGUGCCUGUUGUUAAGAUGGGUCUGGGAUGUGGAGGUGGGAGCAGCCUGCAUCUUGUCAUCAAGUGGUAG